CCCUAUCUUUCAUGCUGUCUCCUCACAAAUAAACCUGGAAGGGUGUGUUUGGGAGGCUUCCUCGCCACAGGAGAAAGGUGGACGUGAAUGGAGUUCCCUCUCACUGAAGCUCCUGGUGGAGCUGCAAGUGUAGAGGAACCAGCAGCCCUCCCACCCGGUCGUUUGGGGUCUCUCACAGAGGAAAUAGAGCCGGUAGAAAUACAAAUGUGUGCCGAUGACAGGAGUCAACCAAUAGAAACUGCAGGUUGCCAGGUACCAUACUCAUAUGAUAGUUCUUCAUCAUCCUCAGACAGUGAGGAUGAAGGCAAGAAGGAAAAGAAGAAGAAGAAACUGAAGAAGAGGAAGAAGAAAAAGAAGGAUUCCAGUUCUUCAUCUUCCUCCUCUUCCUCAUCGUCCAGCAGCUCUUCAGACAGUGAUAGUGAGGAUGACAAGAAAAAGAAGAAGAAGAAGAAGAAGAAGAAAAAGGAGAAGACGAAGAAAAAAGUGGUGCCUGAGUACAUGUGGGACAGGUUGAUCAUAGCACCGACUGAUGAACAAAUGCAACUUCCUGGGGACCCGGAGUUAAAGCGGGUUUUUGAUGAGGACAAUGACAGGAAAGAGAAGGAUAAGAUGAAAAAGAACAAGGAUUCCUCUUCAUCUGACAGCUCAGACAGCGAUGAAAAGAAGAAGAAAAAGAAGGACAAGAAGAAGAAAAAAGACAAGAAGAAGAAAAAGAAGAAAGACAAAAAGGAUUCCUCAUCCUCGUCAUCUGACAGUUCUUCCUCUGAUAGUGAUGAUGAAAAGAAAAAGAAGAAGAAAAAGAAGAAGAAAAAGAAGAAGAAAAAAAAGAAGGAUUCCAGUUCCUCCUCUUCCUCCUCCUCCUCCUCUUCUUCUUCCUCCUCUUCUUCCUCCUCCUCCUCUUCUUCCUCCUCUUCCUCCUCCUCUGACAGUGAUGACAAGAAAAAGAAAAAGAAGAAAAAGAAAGAAAAGGAAAAGGAUGAAGCGCAAGAAUCACUUUUAUCAGCAGGAGUUGAAGAUGCAUCGAAAGAUAACAUUUAUGAUGACAAGUAUAAAGCAGCAGAAGAUCCGUCUAUAACUUACAUACCGGGUGCAGCGGCGUUCCCGGGUGGUAUCGAGGAAGGCCACCUAAGUGAUGAUGAGGGAGAGGGAGAGGAUGGGAACGAGCCAAAGAAAAAAAAGAAGCUGAAGAAGAAGAAGCAAAAGGAUUCUGGUUCAUCUUCGGACAGUGAUGAUGAUGAAAAAGACAAGAAGAAGAAGAAAAAGAAGAAGAAGAAGAAGAAGAAGAAGAAGAAGAAAAAAAAGAAGGAUUCUUCUAGCUCCUCCUCUUCUUCAUCUUCUGAUAGCUCUUCCUCAGAAAGUGAUGAUGAAAAGAAGAAAAAGAAGAAGAAGAAGAAGAAGAAGAAAAAGAAGGACUCCAGUUCUUCUUCUUCAUCGUCAUCAUCUUCUGACAGUGAUGAUGACAAAAAGAAAAAGAAGAAAAAGAAAAAGAAGAAGAAAAAGAAGAAGGACUCCAGUUCUUCUUCCUCCUCUUCCUCAUCUGAUAGUGAUGAUGAAAAGAAAAAGAAGAAGAAAGUGAAGAAAAAGAAGAAGAAGAAGAAGAAGGACUCCAGUUCUUCCUCUUCCUCCUCCUCCUCCUCCUCCUCCUCUUCUUCGUCUGACAGUGAUGAUGACAAGAAGAAAAAGAAAAAGAAGAAAAAGAAGAAGAAGGACUCCAGCUCUUCCUCCUCCUCCUCAUCCUCCUCUUCUUCAUCUGACAGUGAUGAUGAUAAGAAGAAAAAGAAGAAGAAGAAGAAAAAGAAGAAGAAGAAGGCCAGCUCUUCCUCCUCUUCCUCCUCCUCCUCGUCCUCCUCCUCUUCUGAUAGUGACAGCGACAAGAAAAAGAAGAAAAAAGAUAAAAAGAAGAAGAAAAAGAAGGAAAAGAAGAAGAAGGAUUCUUCCUCAUCUAGUGAUUCUUCUAGUGAUGAUGAGAAAAAGAAGAAAAAGAAGAAAAAGGACAAGAAGAAAAAGAAGGACAAGAAAAAACACUCAGAUUGUUCUGGUAGUGAUAAGAAGAAAAAGAAGAAAGACAAGAAGAAGAAAAAGAAGAAGGACAAGAAGAAGAAAAAGGAUUCAAGCUCCAGUUCUUCAAGUUCCAGUUCUUCUAGUUCCAGUUCCUCAAGUUCCAGCGGCAGUGACAAGGAAAACAAAAAGGCCAAAAAAGACAAGAAGAAAAAAGAGAAGAAAAUUCCUGUUGGUAAGCAAAGCGCCGAUCCACAAAUACCACCAGAGCCAGGUGCGAGUGGAUACUCGGCAUUUAGCAAAACCAUUAAGCCCGGUGGCGCUCCCGUCAUCACUUAUCCAUUGCUUCCCUCCAAACCCCUUGUAAAUCCUCUGGCUCCCCCACUCUCCUAUCCACCCGUAACCACAACUGCCGGCGGAGAUCGGCCACCCAUUCGUAGACCCUUAAGCCCCAUGGAGUCAUUGAUGGGGAGUACGUACCGAUAUAGGGACGCAGGGACCCGUCCCACCCCGCACUUCAGCGCCACUGAUGUAUACAGAAGCAGGUCUUACAAAUGAUGAGAUGUCAAAACAAUUCAAUCAAAGGAAAUGUGGAUUUGGUGAAGAAUGAUUGUGUCGUUGGAAAAAAAAGAUGAUUUUUAUGUAAUUGCCUCAGGGAAUAAAACAACAACAUUGUAUUUUGUGUACCUUGUCUGUGAUUAUUAUUAAGUAGAGCACUGUACAAACAGUGUAAGGGUUCAGAUUCAUCAACAACUCAACUUCUUUAUCUGACAUUUCUUAACAGUUAGAUGAAAAGAAGAAAAAGGUAGUGAUUGAUAUGUGCUUCAUGGAUGUAAUUUAAAAAAAAAAAAAAAGUGUUUUGGCACAAUUAUAACACGUGCCAAGACAGGCUGCAUAGUCAUAGACCAAACAAAGAGAGAUCUCAACAUUAAACCAACAUUUGGACUACAAAGAUUUGCCGGAUCAGAUGACAUUAACUAUAUGCAAGGAAGCUCCUGCCGGAGGUGCGGCCUGGUUGAGUCACGUGGUUUCAGGUGCGGCUAGUUUAUUGACGCUCGGUGCUUCCGGACUGCUGUCACUUGGAUUUGCACGGAGUCACGAUGAGUUUCAAUCUUAAUGAUGCAAUGGGCGGUGGUGAGGAGCAAAUAACAAAACAAGAGGCUAACAAGGACGAGUUUAGCUGGCCUUGGAGUAAGAAGGGUGACGAUAAGGGCGACAGCAAGGCCAAAUCCGGUGACAAGAAAAAGUCAUCGGAUGGAAAGAGCAAAAGUAAAGAUGGGAAGAGUGGUGACCAUAAGGAUGGAAAGAAAACGGGUUCAAAGGAUGGAAAGAAAAAGGAUCAUAAGGACGGGCACGGGUCCAACACCUCCUCCUCUUCCUCAAGCAGCAGUAGUAGCAGCAGCAGCGACGAGGGCUGAUGCUUCCUAAGGGGCAGAUCUGGCUUGCUGGCAGUGUGUGUAUGUGUAAAUGCAAUUCAACAUUAUUCCAUUGCCAGCAACGUGCUGGUCUGCUGAAAACCAAUCUUGGAGCUCAGGGUAGUCAGUCAAUGGUCUGACAAGUCAUUAUAUCUGAAAGGACUGUGUUUUUACCACAACGUGGCAUUGUUUCCUUUUCUUGGUAGUGGGGUGUCAAUCAAAAGUCUGAAAUUGUGGUAUUUUGUAGCCAAUCAGAUACUUGCAUGUAUGAAAUUAAAUAAUUAAUUAAAAUAAAACAAUAUAUUUGUCCAA